UAGUAGAUAUAUUUUUUAAAUAUACACUUUUAGAUAAAUGUAUUGUUAUUAACUACAUAUAGAAAAACUAACAUAAAAAUUGUGAUAUUCUUUUCGCCAGUGCGAGAAAAGUUAUGCGUUCCGGUUUAUAUCACGCAGCUCCUCAGUCCUUCAAACGUAUAUACUUUCGUGCACAUGAAAUGGAACCGGAGAAUGGUUUAUAUACCAUUCUCACACGCAUUUUUACCUGCAGACCGUGCACUUGUUGAUUUCUUAUAAAUGUCGCCAUUGCACACAGGUACGCUGCAAACUGCUUUGCAUGCGGGGAGACAGAUAUACUAGCACUGCGCACCGCGGGUACUUCUCCGCCGAUUCUCCGCUGCUCUGGUGCACGAACUUGAAAAGUUUUUCCGCAGUACGCUGUGGCACGACUGACGCGUCGGAUGCGUAUAUACUAUAACGCCGCCGCGUUCGCGUCCGCACGAAUCAUUGCAUAUUUAAAUACAUGUAUGCGGACAAUACACGCGAUUGCAUCACCGGCGCCGAAGGGAAGGAGAAGAUGACCCUACGGCGUUCUCCCUCUUCUGAUAUCGAGUUUCGAGAAGCGUGCGGUAUAAGCGAGGGCUGCAUGCGGCACGAUAAAAAUAUUUAAUGAGAUAUUCCCAUUGGCCGAUGAUGGCAAGGGAGCGUCUAUUUGAUGACCUCGUAUAGGAUCUCCCAGUCUUCAUACAGUUAUUCUAUAGAAUACACAUCCUGCGAAUACAUUGACGAGUGACAAAGAGAGAAAGAUAGAGAAAGAGAGAACGCAGUUCCUCUUUUACUUUUUUGAUUAAAAAAAAAAAAGUUUGCCCCGUUGCGCAGAGAUCGAUGCUUUCCCUCGCGUGAAUAACGAGAGCGAAGAGAAUUAAGGGACUAUGACGCGUAAAAGCACAAUUAAUCGCACGUUAAAAUUAAUGCUGACUCUGUGCGGUAUAUGGCCAGGCACAUCGUGUGUUAUAAUCUGCAGGAUGUAUUGGAUUAUCGCGUUAGCAACAGACGAAAUUUGCCACUACCGUUAUCUUUUAAUGCAUUUGCAUACUAACGAUCUUUUCGACCUGAUGGACUGUUUUAGUAGUUUUCUGACGCAAGUAAAAUUUACGAUUAAGUUGGUUAUAUUCUGGCUGAAUGAACGCCAUGGUAGAAUAAUCGACGUGACUCAAAUAAUUCGUAGAAAAUUCAGCGAGAUCUUGACGAUGAUGACAGACGACUGGAACGAUUGCGCUGGCAGCAACGUCAAUAUGCGCGAAACGGUGUGCAAAGCUAGAUUAGCGGGCCGUAUCACCAACGCGAUGUUCACUCUUCACACGUUAACCAUCGUCGCGUACAGUAUUGGCAUCCUUCUGGCCGACGUCGACGUCACCGACCAGUCCGAAUUGCCUCUUCUCUUAAAAGUGGAGCUUCCUGUCGACAUAAAUACAAAACGCAUGUACAAAAUGCUGCUGAGCAUGCAAUUCGUGCACCUCAUCAUGUCGGGCUGUGGAACGGGUCUACUGAACGCCUUGCUCUUAACUUUGACUUUUCACGUAGGUGGCCAGAUGGAUAUUCUGCGCUGUUGGUUAAGCGAGCUCGUACCGCGAGAAAGUGAAGAAAGAUCCGAAUCUGUCGCCGUCACGACGAACAGAAUUAUUCGCAAGCAUCAAAGAAUCAUUUACUUUUCGGAGUACAUUGAGGAUUUAUAUACAUACAUCGCGUUAGUGCAGUUCACGUCGAACACUGUGCUGAUUUGUUCCUUGGGGUUUCUUAUCGUAACGGCAAUUGGCAGUCCCGACGCGACGGAGCACAUAGUGCGGUCCCUUUUAUUUUACACCGUGACGAACCUCGAAGCAUUUAUAUUUUGCUACGCGGGUGAAUACUUGAAAAACAAGAGUAAAGCUAUCGGAACUGCGGCGUACAAUUCCGCUUGGUACGAAAUGAAGCCUGAAAACAGCCGUAAUUUAAUAUUCGUGAUAUUGAGAGCGCAAAAGCAAUUGACACUUACAGUGGGAAAAAUAAUGGAUCUCUCCUUAGAAUCUUUUACAAGUAUCAUGAAAGCCUCGGGAUCAUAUUUGUCGGUAUUGCUGGCUAUGCAAUAAAUACGUCGUAUAUUUGAAGAAAACUCGUCGGAAUCUUGGCAGUGAUGGCGGAAGAUUGGAAUAAUUGCGCUAAUAGUGACGUCGACAUGCGUGAGACAACACGAAAAGCGAAAGUGUCGCAUCGUGUUACAAAUGUGAUCAUC